GGGAGCAUGAAAAAAAAAGAGAAAGGUGGAGACAGACUAAUUCCAUCUUCACUGGACCUAGGAGAGCGACUUCCUCCUUUUUAUGGUCCUGCCCCGAAGAAGGCGUGGUCAAGGGGAGGGAGGCCCCCCUGGCGCGGGCUGAGUAGAGGAAAGAAUCCAAUGGGAACGCCGGGGUUUGCCCGCCCCUCACCUCCUUUGGGGCAAUGAGAAGCUAGAGUAGAGAGGCGAGGUGGUCGGCCUUCUUGAGAGAGUUUGCUCUGGAGGGGAUAAACGCUGCGGCGCGCGGGUUCCGACUCAGCCAGUCCUGCCGAGCUGGUCUGCCAUCCCCCAGCUCCCUUCCAAAGAGAAAGGGGGUGGGGGGAGGACUAGGGAGGCUCAGCUGGAGCUCCUGACCAGGAGGAAAGUGCGGGCUGCCUGGCGAAAGGGGAGUGCCUAGAAAGUUAGUGUCCUCCGCCGGCGGAGCCAUGAUCUGGAGAGGCAGCCUUGACCUCGCGCCUCGUCCCCCACUGCUCGCCCCUUUGCUGCUGCCUACACUGAGGUCUCUGCUUUUGCUGCUGCUGCUCGGGGUCUCGCCGCCGCUGGAAGGGCGCGUGGAGAAACUAGGUGAUGGAUGUGGGCACAUGGUGACUUACCAAGACAGUGGCACAUUGGCAUCUAAGAAUUAUCCAGCAACUUACCCCAAUCAUACCAUAUGUAAAAAGACCAUUACAGUCCCUCAGGGGAAAAAACUGAUCUUGAGGCUCGCAGAUGUGGAUAUUGAAUCUCAGACGUGUAAAUCCAACUUCUUAGUCUUCGGCAAUUCCUCAGCUCAGUAUGGUCCAUAUUGUGGAAACAUGACUGUUCCCAAAAUAUUAAACCUGGAUACAAAUGAAGUGACUGUUCACUUUCAGAGUGCAUCCCAUAUUUCUGGGCGUGGAUUUUUGUUGUCCUAUGCCAGUAGUGAUCAUCCAGAUUUAAUAACAUGCUUGUCUCGUGCUAACCAUUCAUCGAAGAAUGAAUACAGCAAAUUCUGUCCAGCUGGCUGCAGAGACAUAGUAGGCACUAUCUCUGGGAAUGUAGUAGAUGGAUACAGUGAUACCUCCUUAUUAUGCAAAGCAGCAGUACAUGCUGGAGUGAUUGCCGAUGAACUGGGGGGCCAGAUCAAUGUGCUCAGUGUACUUCAGUCAGAAAGAAUUGGCUCAUAUGAAGGAAUUCUAGCCAAUGGCAUCUUCUCCAAGGUUGGUUCUCUGUCACAAAAGCGAUUUGUGUUUCCAUCCAAUGGAUGUAACAAAUCUCUGAGUCUGGAACCUGCCAGGCAAAUCACAGCCUCUUCUUCCUGGCAUUGGGUCAGUGAAAAUGGAGAAGAGAUUCACUGGUCUCCUGCCCAAGCACGGCUCCAGGACCGAGGACCAUCAUGGGCUUCAGGAGACACUAGCACCAACCACAAAUCUGGGGAGUGGCUAGAAAUAGAUUUGGGCGAAAAAAAGAAAAUAACAGGGAUUAGGACUACAGGAUCCACCCAAACAAAUUUCAACUUUUAUGUUAAGUCUUUCGUGAUGAAUUUCAAAAAUUCCAACUCCAAGUGGAAGACCUACAAAGGAAUUGUGAACAAUGAAGAAAAGAUAUUUCAAGGUAACUCUAACUUUAGAGACCCAGUACGGAACAAUUUCAUCCCUCCCAUUGUGGCCAGAUAUGUGAGAAUUAUUCCAAAGACCUGGCAUCAGAGAAUUGCUCUGAAAGUGGAACUGAUUGGUUGUCAGAUUACCCAAGGUAAUAAUUCAUUUGUUUGGCACAAGCCAAGUCCAAGUACAGGUGUCUCAAUUGGGAAAGAAGAUAAAACUCUCACAAAACCUAUCCCCUUAUCUGAAGAAGAAGAAAGAGGUAUAAAACUGAGGACUAUACUCAUUCCACUGGUGCUCUUUGUGGUCUUGUUCGUAGUUGCAAUGGGUAUCUUUGCUGCUGUGAAAAAAAGGAAGACAAAAGGAAAUCCUUAUGGAUCAGCUGAGGCACAGAAAACAGGAUGUUGGAAGCUGCUCAAACAGCCCUUUGUCAGACGUCAAUCAUCAGAAUUCACCAUCAGUUACGAAAAUGAAAAGAUGACACAGAAAUUAGACUUAGUCACAAGUGACAUGGCAGAUUAUCAUCAACCCCUUAUGAUUGGGACUGGGACAGUCAUGAGAAAAGGUUCCACCUUCAGACCGAUGGACACAGAAGCAAAUGAGACAGGGAAGAACUCUGAGCCAGAAAACCACUACGCUUGCCCUCAUCCAACCAGUCGCCAUGAGUACGCUUUGCCUCUGACAAAUCAGGAGCCUGAAUAUGCUACUCCGAUUAUAGAACGGCACUUAAUGAGAGAGAAAGCUUUUCCUGAAGGGGGCUACAAUGUGCCUGUCCUUGCUCCAGCUCACAAACAUUCUCUUUCCUCUGGCAGCUUCUCCAGUCCAGGUAGAGUGGAUACCAAACAUGGAGAAUACCAGCUGCCUCAAGGUCCUAAGCCAGGGGAGGGUGACUAUGAUAAACCUAAAGUCAAAAGCUCCUUACCCAUAGAAGACUAUGAUACUGACUAUCAGAAGCCUCAAAUGAAUCCUUUAAUGAAUGAUGGUUAUUCAGCCCCUAGAGACUGUCUCAAACCAAUAAACCAGACUGCAAUGACUGCCCUUUUAUAAGCCCAUUGUGAAAGAAACUUGAUGUGGUACUGAGCAUUAGGCUGGUGUACUGUCACUGGAAAAAAAAAAAUAGGAUCUUCCUAAAGGCUUUUUUUUUCAUUAUAUGUGUGUAUGUAUCUAUUUCUACCCAUAUCUAUUGCUAUAGAUAUUAUGUCUAGCUAUUUAUAUGUAUAUAGUUAAAUGUUUUUUGCUAUAUGUAUAGAGAUUUUGCUAUAUUGAUAGAUAUGGGUAUCCUUAUGCAAUCUAUCAAUAAAGCUCUCGCUAUACAUAUCUAAAUGCAUAUAGAUAGCUAUAGAUAUAUCUGUAUUGAUAUAGGUAUAGAUACAUCUCAUAAGUUACACAUGUACACACAUACGGUAUUUGUGUCUACACAUAUAAACACAUAAAUACUACAUAUAUACACACAUUAUAUGGGUGUAUAUAUGUAUAUUUUAAAUAUAUUGACAUACAUGGGAUAUGUGCAUGUGUUCUAAUAGGAUCUUGCUGGAGAGGUUCAAGGACAACCUCUUUUUACUGUUUACACAAUAUUGCAGUUGAUGUUGGUCUUGACCAUAAAGGUCUGUGAUUUUUCUUGUGGACUGGCAAAAGUCAAAUGAGUAAGUGGUAUUUUCCUUUCUGUAACUGUGAUCUUAAGCUACUUGGUGUAAUAUGUGCAAUUUGUACAGAGUAUUAUUUAACAUGAAUUAAAAUAACUUAAAUUUUCUUGAUCAAAUUUUAGAUCUUCACAGAGUUAAGUGGGAAUGUGCAGUUAUUUAAAAAGAAAACCUUAUAUGAUAGUUACAUUGACUUUUAAGAUAUAUUUUAUCUGAUAGAGUCUUAGCAGCAGGCCUGUUUAAAUUUCACCUUCUUAUUAUUGUGGUUUAUUUCCUUUCUUUUAAUAGUAAAAAGUUUUAAGUAUUUUUAUUUUUCUUCUCCUAGAAAACCUCAGAUUACUUGAAGCAUUAAAAGCACACCAACAAGAGCGAUGGUUUUUAGCAAUUAUGUGUUAUUGUUCUUGUUUUAAAUUCAGUCUUGGUCUGUUUUCUUGUGAUCAUCAAUUGCCUGGGUUCCAUCAUCAUUGAGAUUGUGAAACACUUUGUCAUUUCUCAAAAAUAGUUUCAGUUUUUGUGAAUUUCAGAAGACUUCCUAGUGAUCCAGAUCCUAAGAGAACAGUUUUCCUUCUUUCUGCUAAUGUUUCAUCACUUUUCACAAAUCCUCACUUGAACUUUGGGUAAUACCACAGAGCUUUCUUUACAUGUGUGUCUAUCCUUUUCAAAAUAUCUGUGAAGCCAAAAUGUGAAUUAAUAAAAAUGGAACACAAAAUAUACUGCUCUUCAUACCAAUAGAAGAUGAAGGUAAUAUAGCAAUUCCAGCUUGAGUUAUUGAGUAUGAUUUCUGAUCUCAGCUUAGCACUCUGGGGUCAAAUAACCACAUUUGGCUCUAAAAACAGAUGUUAAUGAGACUGAGAAAAGGGGGUUUUAAUUUGUUUUUAUUUCAAAGUAUCCUACUGCAAGAAUGACAAAGACACAGUUCAAUAGUUGUUUGUAGCAAGAUGGUUGAAAGAGGUGUUUUGGAAAAAACACAUUUUACUCUCUGACACAUAUUAUUCAUUCUAGGUUAGGCCAGACUUGUGCUUUUAAAUUAUUUAAUGUAGUUUUUAUCUGAGCAGGCUUUAUGAAAUAAAACUGUGCAAUGUGUAGUUAUUUGUGAACACUGUAAGCAAGAGAGGAAGUAGAUCUUUCUCCAUCUGUGACCUUUCUGGGUGUAUUAGCUAAAAGUCUGGACCAAAAUAUUCCAGUCCCUAAAUUCUGGAUGUAACUGUAGUUAUGUACAGUUUUUCAUAAUUUCUGUGAAAUAUAUAGAAAACACUGAGGGGUGCUGAAAUGUCAUGGCGGCUUAUUUUCCCAACACGGUGGGAUUAAGUUGUUGACAUUUUUGUUGUUUACGUGGUUGUACUGUAUACUAAUUUUAAUAAUUAAACUUCAAAACCAAAGUUCA